UCUGUCUCACGCGACAAACUACAAGGACCAACGUGGAAUAUCAAGUUGAACGGUCUUGUACUACCACCCUUGCUCUCGUCUCUAAAACGUUCCAGACUACACCUCAUCCAGGCAAUUGGGCAAGACAUCAUGUCCGGCCUCGAGCCCCUAGCGGCUCUGGGGCUUGUCUGCAACAUCCUGCAGCUCGUCGAAGCUGGUGGCAAAAUCUUUGGCAUGGCCAAGACGGCCUACAAAGAAGGCAGGAUCGACCAAAAGACGGCCAAAGAAUACGCCACCGUCCUGUGUCAACUUUCGGGUGAGAUCAGAAGCAAGAGCGACGGCGCGCCUACCAAGCUUGCCCCUUUCGAGAGGGAACUUGUCAAGACGGCCAAGACUUGUCAAGAUGUCUCGCGCGAUCUCUUGGAAGAUCUGACGUACCUGAACACCCUGGCCAGCAAAGGCGAGCUGCUUUUGGCUGUCAAGUUGGCGGCAAAGGUCGCUUGGAGACAGAGACGGCUCAAGAGGCUUGAGCAGAGCCUGAAGGAUGUGGAAAGCAGGAUGCAAAAGUCAAUUUUGGGGCGAGUCUUCGAGCUCGCCCAUGAGCAUCAAGACCAGCUCCAAAGCAUAAACAAGGAAGCACGACACUUGUACGACCUAUACACGGCAGGGCACCGAGAAACGUCGGAUUUGGUGUCGGGUGGCUUUCUCCAGACUCAAGCGCACAUCGACGAGGCGAAGCGACAGAUCAAACUCCACAUGACAGAGGAGACCACAAGAGGGGCCGAGGUUGUCGCCGCCGUCAUCGCCAGAAGUGCGCAAAUGACAAGUGUCGACUCCCAGCAGCAGGCUUCAGCUGUGAAGCUUUUGGGCAGCUUCAAAUUCGAUUCCAUGAACGCUCGACGUAGCCACGUUCACGGGUCCCAUCCGAAAACCUUUUCCUGCAUAUUUUCAGUCGACGAGCAGAAGCCGAACGAGGGCGCCUGGGAUGACUUUUCGGAAUGGCUUCGAUCUGAUGAGGCUUUCUACUGGAUCAGUGGGAAGCCCGGCUCUGGAAAGAGUACGCUUGUCGACUUUGUCGUCUCGCGCCAAGAAACAAGAGCUGGCUUAGCCGUCUGGAGGGAUAACCCUUGUAUUGUUGCUCAUUUCUUCUGGCUACCGGGAGAUGCGAUGCAAAGGAACAUCAAGGGCAUGUUGUGCUCCCUUUUGUACCAGCUCUUGGAUUGCAACCGCUCCUUGCUCGAUUGGGCUCUGCAGCACCACGCCAACCUAUCAGCAAAGCAGAUUCAUUCGGAUUGGUCUGUGCUACAUCUCAAAACACUGAUGGUGCAAGUCAUUGCACGCCACCCGUUGCCCAUUUGCAUCUUCCUGGACGGACUGGAUGAGCUGGAUCCGCGCGAAAGCUUUCUAGACUUGUGGGAUCUGGUCCUCACGAUCAAGGCGGCUGGUAUGGUCAAGAUCUGCUUAGCCUCUCGCCCUGAGCCACAGAUCAAGAAGCAGCUAAGAGUAUUUCCGUGCCUGCAACUACAAGACUUGAAUUUCAAAGACCUGAGUGCUUAUGUAAAAGCACAACUUGGUUCGAAUCUAUUCGCACACGCAGAUCCCCAAGAGGUCACAAUAUUCAUCCCUUUUGAGGAAGAAGAAAACGGCGAAUCCUCGACAGCUUUGCUCAACCGAAUUCGGAAGCGCGCAAGAAACUACAUCGUGUCUCAACUCGCCUUGAAGGCCGAAGGUAUUUUCCUUUGGCUUUGCCUCGUGACGAAGCGUGUUCGAGACGAGCUACACCAAGAGAUGAGCUUCAGUCAAGUCAUGAGGGGAAUCGAUCUUGUUCCUGACGAAGUCGAGACGCUCUAUGACGAGAUAUGGAGCAAGUCUGAAAAGAUCAACCGAGGAACAAGACGUGCCAUGGCCGCCUUGUACUUUGACAGAGCUCUCAACUUUAGGACUACAAUCCGGCUACAUGUUCUUUGCUGUCGCCUCAACAUCUUGAUGAUGACCAUUUGGACUGAGCAAACAAAUCUCCAUCUACCUGGCCCCCAGCACCGCAUAGAAAGUCGAGCAAGGGCACUCGUCGGCUUGUGCAACAAGACUGAGCGCAAGGUUGAGCUUAGUUGUGCGGGACUUCUCGAGCUCAGGAACGAAUCUAUACCAGCACUAGAUGAUGUAUCGGGUCGAGGUCCUACCGUGGUCGGCAUUGGUUUCUCAAAUCCCGAGCUGGGUGGUCAGCUCCAGAGUCUGAUCGAUGACAGGAGGUGCUUUGUGCUUGCACACCGCAGCGUCUAUGACUUCCUCCACUCUACCAAAGUCGGAAAAGGCCUUUUGGAGGAGCACCAGAGUACAGGUCUCGACGCAGCGGAACGAUUGCUGGAGGCCUACCAAGGCCUUUUCCGAUUGUUCGACCCGAGGAUCUGCUCUUGGAAUAACUUUGAGGGGAAUUUAUUAUUUAAGCACACCCGAUUUAUCACCAUGGAAAUUCGAGACAAGCCAGAAAACGCACACAAGUGGGAACCAUGGGUCAAACUUUUGCAUCAGUGGGAAGACAUAGCCAGACUACACGGAACGAGCGGGUCCAUCUACCUCGAGCCUCGCCCCGCAGACCCCAUGCAUCCCGACAACUUUUGGUACUGGGAUGAAGAAUGCCGCUUCGAAGCAGCAGCGCUUGGAUUCGACUACAGGCUAGAUGAUCCAAGACUGCAUCGUCCGAGCCAGCUCUCGCGUUUGAUGCUGGCAGCAAUCCAACCGGGCUACCCAGGAUCUCACGCAUACCCCCUCGCCUUGCUGCCUCGACUCUUGAAGCUUGGGCUGGAUCCUUCGGCAAGGGCCUUGCGCUUUGAAAAGUUACGCACGUCCUCGUGGGAGGACCACGUUAGCUCUUUUGACAAUGAGUGGAUGUACCUCGAGACGCCCGUCACAGUGACCGUGGGCCACCUCUAUAGAUAUCUGCUUCAGCUGAUGCUGCCGCUUUACGGCACUCUGGGUGAUGCAGGUCUCGUCGGACUUUUCGAUCUACUAACCUCUCUGCUUGAACACAAGGCAUCGCUCAGCUCCCGUAUGUUGAUGGUCCUGAAUCAGGGAAUUCGCGAGCGCCGUGUCCCUCAGCGUAUAGGGACAGAUUACGAUUCUCAUGGUGCUCGGUUCGUUGCAACUGCGAUCCAUAUAGCGCCCUCCCUGAAGGACAUGUUGACAGGGUUGACGGCAGUCUUUUCUGUAACGGCAAGGGCAUUCCUUUCAUUUGUUCUCCGUUGGCUCAGAGAUAUCAAGCCCUCUCUGGAGCUUCUCUCUCGCAUAGAAACCCUUGAAAAGUUCAUGGCCAACGACGCUUGCGGAAAGGACAAUUGCGACGCGGACAGAUUUACACAGCCUCUGAUGAUCAUGUCGGGGCUGCACAAGCUUUUGGACUUGUACGAGUCCCCUGGCAACACCAGAGAUGAGCCGAAGUUUACAGAGAUCACAGGGGCUGAGAGGCGGGAAGGGUUGCAGAAGCACCUGCUUGAAUCAUUUUUUAGUACAAAGGUAGAAGACCGCGACGAGGCUAUGCAAAAGGUCCAUCAGCUGCUGGAACCGAUUUUGUCCGAGUCGCCUCCCUCCGAGCUCCUGACGGGAGGCGACGUAUGUAAAAGAGCGAUGGAGGCUGGAUAUGCGUGCCAGGGAUACAAGGAAGUCUUUGACGAGGACCCCUCUCUUUGGGCUGGACAUCGACAUACCAAGGCUUAAUGUAUACAUCAGAAGCUUCAUACGCA